AUGUCCGUGCCCUUGCAGCAGGCCCACCACAGACCAUCUGUACAUUCCCUCGACAAAUACCCAUAUCAUUUCGAUUUGCAUAUACUGUAUACUACUUGCAUCUGUCGCUGGUGUCUGUCGUCACAAGGAUAA